AUGCGGAUGUUUGAGCUUGUCUACGAGACCGAUUCAAUGAAAAAUGUCGGGAUGGUGGGGGUUGUUAAUGAGCCUGUUCAGGAUCAGGCGAUGACUUCGUCUAUGCAGUCAAACAUUUACCUGAAGGCUGUUGAAGUGAAGUAUCUUGGUCUUGUUGAGUGUUUAUGGACUAACAAUGGAUCAGCCGGCGAAUGGAGUCUCUCUGUAGCAAAUGGUAUCGAGGGGUCGUCGGCUUGA